AAAGUUGUACACGUUAUGAAAAGAUUUCCCGCUCAAAUGCUAAUUAUUUUUUUUUGAAACAAAAUGCUAAUUAAUUUUAUAUAUAUAUAGUAGCUACGAAGUAUUAUUUAGGUAAUUUAAUUUAAAAUAAGUACCUAUUACUUUGGUGAUUUAUGUUGAUAUUUGAUUGUUGGAGUCUUUAUACGAGUUGCUAGCAUAGUUGAGGUCAAUUAAAUUGAACUUAUGAACAUUUUAAACUAAAACAAAAAAAAAAUUACUAAUAAAUCCAUGCAUCAUACGGAUGCUAACCUAGUAUAAACACAAAUGUGAACCCGAACACAAACACAAACACAAACACAAUCACAAACGUGACCAGCCCUAACCAGCCCUGCAUACAACACCAGUACACCUACAAUUUUGUCAAAAUGAAAUAACUCUCACUACAUUACUACCAUCCCGCCGUGACAGAGUCUAAAACUUGAAAAAACCAAAAUGGUACGCCGGAAGAAGCAAACUCUUAAAAAACUUAAACCCUCCAACACCGACAAAACCAACAACCAACCGCCGUCGAAAACACCACCACCGCAGAAAACUCCGCCGGAGAAAAAGGACCGGAAACAGCUCAACGCUGAAAAGUCGGCGCACUUCGGCCGAAGAGAAGCCGCCAAAAUCCUUCGAGUAAUCCUUCAAGGCGACGCUCAUCGUCGUGCUGUUGGUUCUAUCAAAACCCUGGUUUUCAAACCUUCUGUUCGUAAUAAGAAGGCUACUUUCGCUCUCAUUUGCCAAACUCUUAAAUAUCUUCCUAUUAUUAAAGAAGUCUUGGAUUCUUCUGCUGUAUUAAACAGCAAAUGGAAGAGACAGGAGGAGCUAAUAUACAUAACAACCUACGACUUGCUCUUCGGCAAGGAAAUUUCAACGUGGGGUGAUGCUGAAAAAUUUCUAUUUCAACGAAAAGCUGUCCUUGAGUCUACUUUGGCCAAGAUACUAGCUAAAAAGAAGGUUAAACGAGUUGAAGACCUGCUAUCACAAGACAAGACCCCUGAUGUUCCAAAACCUCGAUAUGUCCGUGUAAAUACUUUGAAACUGGAUGUUGACUCUGCUAUCAAAGAACUUAGAAAGAAAUGCACAGUUCAGAAGGAUGACUUAGUUCCAGAUCUGUUGAUUCUUCCACAUGGUGUUGAUUUGCAUGAUCAUCCACUAGUGACAAGUGGAAGUGUCUUUCUACAAGGUAAGGCAAGUUCUAUGGUAGCAGUUGCCCUUGGGCCUCAACCAGGUUGGCAGGUCCUUGAUGCUUGCUCUGCUCCAGGGAACAAAACUGCACAUCUUGCUGCUCUCAUGAAAGGCAAGGGAAAAAUUGUGGCAUGUGAGUUGAAUGCAGAUCGGGUUGAACUACUUCAGAAAACUAUCAACGUAGCUGGGGCUAAAAAUGUGGAAGUUCAUCAUGGGAAUUUUCUGAACAUAGACCCAGAGGAUCCAGCCUACUCAAAGCUUCGUGCUAUACUCUUGGAUCCCUCCUGCUCUGGAUCAGGGACUGCAGCUGAAAGAUUGGAUCAUUUGCUCCCUUCACAUAUGAAUAAUAAAGCUGGUGUCUCUGAUGUAAUCCGGCUGACGAACCUUUCAGCUUUUCAGAAGAAGGCUCUAAAGCAUGCAUUAUCUUUCCCAACAGUUGAGAGGAUUGUUUACAGUACAUGUUCUAUCCACCAACUUGAAAAUGAAGAUGUUAUAAAAUCAGUCUUACCCACAGCUUUAAAGAAUGGUUUUGAGCUGGCAACGCCCUUCCCCCAAUGGUCUCGUCGAGGUUUGCCAGUCUUUGAAGGAUCUGAACACGUGCUUCGGAUGGAUCCUGUUGAGGACAAAGAAGGCUUCUUCAUUGCUUUGUUUGUGAGGAAACAAGAAGAAUGCAAACCAAACCAGUUAAGAAAUCUAAAGAAACGAAAACCUGAAAUGCCCGUGCCUUUCACCAGGCUUUCAAAGAUGUGGCUUCUCUCUCUGAUGUUGUCAUCGCCACAUGGAGUUGGCUGUUGCGCUGGUGGUGGCUGUUGUCCCGGAGAAGAAUCUGUUUGUCUCCCUACAAGUUAAACAACUUGAAAAUUUUGUUUUUAAUUGAACCAUUCCCUUUAAUUUUAUUCCAUGUUUCUUAAUUUAGACAUUUGUCUCGUUGUCUCUUAGAUUUACAUAGUUGCUAGAUCA